UCAGUAUUAAAGCUAAAGCAGAGCGAAAAAGAGGUUAAAAGCCUUUUUUGGUACAUAAAAUAUAAUGGAUGUGAAGCCAACUCAAGAGACCAUUUAUGUGGACAAUGGUCUCUACUUUAAGGCCAAUACGUCGCUAAACAUCUCACAAACACUGGACAUCGCUAUUAGACACCAAUCCUCUUAUGUUACGAACGACUCGCUACUCAAUACUGCAGAAGAAAUUGAGGUGCCUUUCAACCUCCUGAACGUGACCGGAGACAUGCCUUUUGAAUACGCGGUCGUUAUGUUCGGCUAUAUUAUGCCAUUCCUACUGAUCAUCACAAUAGUGGCCAAUAUAUUGAUAGUUUUGGUGUUAUCGCAGCGACACAUGAGGACACCCACUAACAUACUGCUACUGUCGAUGGCCAUCGCCGACCUACUCACUCUACUGUUCCCCGCACCUUGGUACUUUUAUAUGUACACGCUGAAUAAUCACUGGAAAUUACUACACCCGACGUACGCCUGUUAUGCCUACUAUUACAUGAUUGAAGUGAUACCCGCUUUCUUUCACACGGCAUCCAUUUGGUUCACUCUGUUGUUGGCCUGUCAGAGGUAUAUCUGCAUCUGUCAUCCAUGUGUGGCGAGGACCUGGUGUACGACCCCUCGUGUCAUAAAAGCCAUAAUAACGAUAUUUCUGUUGGCAUUCCUGCACCAAAUCACCCGUUUCUUCGACCGGCAGUACGUGUCGGUGCGCUUCCAACUGCACGACUCGGAGCAGACGGGCUGUGAGAUCCGGUCGUCCGACUGGGUGGAGGACAUCGAGGACUACUACUACACGUCGUACUACACGUUCCGCAUAAUCUUCGUCCACAUCGGGCCGUGCGCUGCGCUCGUCGUCUUCAAUGUC